UUCAAAGUGUAGUGGUUGAAUCCUCAUUGUGGUAUUUCCUAUCAAGUCUCCCAUUACUUAUUAGAGUGCUUGAAUUCCUCAGACAUCAAGUUAUGGCUGAUGAAAAGGCUUCCGAGGAGCCGAAGCCAGUUUCGGAAACUGAUGGAGAUGCUGCUAAGAAAGAAGCAAAACCACUGUCCCCCGCCGAUGAACUCAGACGACAUCUUAAUAACAUCCACAAAGCUGUUUCCUUGAAAGAGCACCGAUACACAACUCGUGUCCUGCGUGCGAUUGCGUCUACGAGAAGCAAAUUAUCAGAUGGCGUCUUGAGAAAAGUGAUACUUGAAUACCUUCCUAAAUCGUCAGAAAACGCACCAUUGCUGAAGUUUCUUGUUGAGCCUAUGGAGGAUGAGUCCAGUGCUGCUGAAGAGUCCAAUGCCGAAGACACAGUGGCCGUGCCUGGAGAAGUAGCGCUGACAUUGGCGAUACCAGAGCUGACCUGCUAUCUGCAUCUGCUAGUUCUCAUCUUCUUGCUGGAUGGAGACCAAAAGGAGCAGGCGGUUAGCUGUGCGACUUCACUCGUAGAGAAGGUGAACACAUUCAAUCGACGCUCGCUGGAUGCCAUUGGAGCGCGGUGCUACUUCUACUAUGGCCGUGCGUAUGAGCUUGUCGAUCGAAUGCAGGAAAUCAGAAGUGCUCUGCUGGCUCGCCUUCGCACUUCAACUCUCCAUUUCGAUGCCGAGGGCCAGGCUACCGUUACCAACCUUAUUCUGCGAAACCUGCUCCAUUUCCGCCUCUAUGACCAGGCAAAUAAGCUGAUUCUAAAGAUAGUGUUCCCUCCAUCUGCACCGAACAGUGAAUGUGCACGAUUCAUGUACUAUUGUGGUGUAAUCAAAGCGGUGAUGUUGGAGUACACUGAGGCUAAUAACUUCCUGCUGCAGGCUCUGCAAAAGGCGCCUCAGAACACAGCCAUUGGUUUUAGGCAAACUGUAAAUAGAUUUUCCAUUGUUGUUCAGUUGCUUCUCGGUCUCAUUCCGGAUAGAGCACUUUUCCGGCAGAGUGUGCUGAAGAAGCCUCUCCAGCCAUACUUUGAGCUCACACAGGCCGUCCGUGGAGGUGAUCUACAGCAGUUCACCGAAGUUUGCUCCAAGUUCCAUGAGAAGUUUGAGGCAGACAAGACAAUCAACCUCAUCAUCAGGUUACGGCAGAAUGUCAUCAAAGCAGGAAUUCGAAAGAUCAGCCUGUCCUACUCGCGCAUAUCCCUGGCCGACGUUGCUGACCGCCUGCGUCUGGGUAGUGCAGUGGAUGCUGAGUUCAUUGUGGCAAAGGCAAUCAGAGAUGGCGUAAUAGAGGCUUGCAUCGAUCACAAAGGUGGCUUCAUGCAGAGCAAGGACACACAGGAUCAGUACAGCACUACUGAGCCUCAGGCCGAGUUCCACAAGCGCAUCAGCUUCUGCCUGAACCUUCACAACCAGUCUGUAAAGGCUAUGCGCUACCCGGAGAAGGUUGAAAAGGAAAAGCCAGAGGCAGCGACGGCAGCAGCAUCCUCAUAAUCAUCGUUGUUGUUGGAAAAAAUGAGGUUUUAUCAAGAUGUUUGUGUUGUUGUUCUAGCACUAGAACUGCUCCACCGUAUCUACUAGAAUUCACGUGCACUGUCUGCCAUCAUGUUGCCUUCGUGUCUUGUUGAUGGCCAAGGCCCAGGCAGAAGAAGUGCACUUCAAAACCUAGCUGUAUCAAGCGCUUGCCAUUAUGUGCCUGGCGUGCUGCUAUCCAGUUGGGCAGCGUUCCCAAUUCCUGCCCACUCUCCCAUUGUACAUUAUUCCCAUGCGUUUUCAUCAGCCUGGUUUUUUUUGCAUUCUGUUGCGGUUUUUCUGCUUCCAUUGAACAUAGCUUUUAAACUCAUUUAGAUCCUUUGUCCCCCUGUCGCAAUUAUGUUGUUCUUGCUUCUUUUCAUUUUGUUUGUUUUUACUAUUGCAGUGCUAAUUUUCUUCUGAUGCUUGUCCAGGGACAGGGACAAUGCUGUUCGUUUCGAAUAGAAAAGCUUGCCCUCCA